AUGGCGAUCGGCCCACAUUCGUCUAAGAAUCGUGCUGCAAUUGCAACGGUUUCACUCGGAAGCUGGAAGUAUCAUAGCUUGCCUGACAGAUUCCGUCAGGCGGCCGAUGCUGGGUUUCAAUGUAUUGACCUGAUGGAAAACGAUUGGGCACAAUACUUGAGAUCCCAUGUUGGAAAUAUCGACGACGAUAAAAUUUGGGAACCUACAACUGAGAAUCUAGCUAUUGCCAAAGCGCUGGGUGAUUUGGUGAAAAGUCUGAAAAUGUCCAUUGUUUGCGCCCAACCACUCCGCCAAGUCGAGGGAGCCAAGGAUCCCCAUCAGCGCAUGUUGAAUCUUGCCGGGGUGGUGAAACGCUUCCCUUUUUUGAGAGCAUUCGAUACGGAUAUGCUCUUUAUUUGCUCCAAUGUUGGAGCCGAAAAUAGCACAAUUGAGCUCAAGACCGUCGCAAAUGAUUUGCGGGAGAUAGGAGAUAUGGCAGCAGCAUUUUCCAAACAAGAUGGAGGGCCGAUGAUCAGAAUCGGCUACGAGGGGCUCUCAUGGGCGCUGCGCAACACCUGGUCUUCCACAUGGGAGGUUGUCCGUACAGCAAAUCGUCCAAACGUUGGUUUAAUUGUCGAUUCUUUCAACUGGCUUGCAGUUGAGUUUGCGGACCCAUACAACAAAGAGGGCCACGGGCGAAUUUACCCUACACUAGAAGAGUCAUUGGAUGUCCUUUGUUCAUCCAUUGCAGCUAUGGUGGCUUCCGUGCCUGCGGAAAAAAUAUUCCUCCUCCAGAUUGCAGAUGCGGAGUUGGUGGACCCAGGAACCUUGAACUUGACCCGAUGUCAAAAUCCUGACGCCCCAGAACUGUUACCUUGGUCGCGGAACUUCCGACUGUUCCCUAUGGAAGAGGAACGGGGAGCUUACAUGCCAGUUGAGCUCAUCAUUGCGGCUAUUCUCGCAGCGGGCUACGAUGGGCCAGUGUCAAUGGAGGUAUUUAGCAGGUCACUCGAGUGCCCCAAUGCAGACGUUCCCAAAUCGCAUGCGCAGAGGGCGUUCCGUAGCUUCGAAGUUGUUAUGAAGGCUGCUGAACUUGUACCGAAAUUCUGGGGCGCAUUUGCUCCAUCUUGUGAAAAAAAGUGGGGGGCAAGGCUCCUCAGCCAAAUGAGAAUGCAACCUGCAGAUUGCUCUAUCACAAAUGGACAUGGGGAACCUAAGGUCAACGGAGUGACGCAUUAA